AUGCACGGUUUAACUGGAUUUAAGAAAUAUAUAAGCAAAGCUGCCUCAGCGGCAGAAACGAAACUCGUGCGUCUCGUUCACGCGAAUCUGAGCGGCGCCGAGAGAUCGCGAUGCAAAGUCACCGAGCGAGUCCACUCCAAGUGCAGCCACACGAUCGUCGAGCACUGCUACGACGCGGUGAUCGUGGGGGGCGGUGGCGCGGGUCUGCGCGCCGCUCUGGGCCUCGGCGAGCAGGGCUACCGCGUCGCAGUGGUGAGCAAGCUCUUCCCCACGAGGUCGCACACGGUGGCCGCUCAGGGCGGCAUCAACGCGGCCCUCGGCAGCAUGUGCGCCGACCACUGGCUCUGGCACAUGUACGACACGAUCAAGGCCGGCGACUGGCUCUGCGACCAGGACGCCGUGCACCUGCUGGCGCGCGAGGCCCCCGAGGCCGUGCACGAGCUCGAUCGCACGGGCUGCCCGUUCAGCAGGAGCUCCGAGGGCAAGAUCUACCAGCGGGCCUUCGGCGGCCAGUCGACCUGCUUCGGCGAGGGCCCCAAGGCCUGGCGCACCUGCAGCAUCGGCGAUCGCACGGGUCACGCGAUCCUCAACAGCCUCUACGGGCGCAGUCUGCGCCACGAUCACGUGCACUACUUCGUCGAGUACUUUGGCCUGGACCUGCUGAUGGUCGACGGGCGCUGCAGGGGCCUCAUGGCCUGGGAGAUAGAGACCGGCAGGAUGCACCGGUUUCGGGCGCAUCACACGGUGCUGGCGACCGGGGGAGCGGGUCGCUGCUAUCAGUCGUGCAGUGCGGCGCACACGUGCACCGGCGACGGCAUGGCCAUGGCCACGAGGGCGGCUCUGCCUCUGCAAGACAUGGAAUUCGUUCAGUUUCAUCCGACCGGUAUCUACGGUAGCGGCGUGCUCGUAACGGAAGGCGUGCGCUGCGAGGGCGGCCUGCUCGUCAAUUCCUGCGGCGAGCUCUUCAUGGAGAGGUACGCACCCAAAGAUCGGGAUCUGGCUCCUCGCGAUCUCGUCUCCCGUGCCAUAGCUCAGGAAAUCUGCGAGGGCAGAGGCUGCGGACCGAACAAAGAUCACGUUCUGCUGAAAACGAGUCACAUACCCAAAGAGAGGAUAAAAAAGGAGCUGGCCGGCGUCGCGGAGAUCUGCCGAUUGUUCGCCGGUAUCGACAUCGGCAAGCAGCCGCUGCCCGUCGUGCCCACUGUACAUUUCAAUAUGGGCGGCGUGCCGACAAACGUCCGAGGCCAAGUAUUGACGCGCGAAAAUGAACAAGAUCUACCGGUCGAGGGUUUAUGGGCGGCCAGUGAAACGGCCUGCGCCUCGGUACACGGGGCCAAUCGUCUCGCUGCCAACGGCCUACUCGAGCUCGUGGUUUUCGGCAAAGCCGUCGCCGACAACAUUGCCCGGAUCAUAGAGCCUUGCGCCCAGCAGUGCGAAAUUCCAGACGAUCUGGGCCAAGAAUCGAUCGAUCGCUUGGACGCUCUGCGCUGCCGCGAGGGCAGCCUGACGGUGGCGUAUCUGCGCGAACGCAUGCAGCGCACCAUGCACAGCUACUGCUCGGUCUAUCGCAGCUGUCGAGUCCUGCGGCAAGGCUGUGGCGCCAUGUCGAAGUUCUACUCGUGCGAGAUGCUGCAAGCAGACGUGCAAGAUCGGUCGCUCGUUUGGAACACCCAGCUGGUGGAGGCGUUGGAAUUGCAAAACUUGGCUGCUUGCGCGCUCCAGACGGUUUACGCGGCCGAGGCCCGUAAAGAGUCGAGGGGGGCUCACACCACGGCAGAUUAUCCCGAUCGAAUCGACGAGUACGAUUACUCGAGGCCGAUCGAGGGACAGACCAGGAAGCCGCUGGAGUGUCACUGGCGCAAACACACGCUCACGUGGAUCGACAAGAACGAUUCGGUUUGCAUUUCUUAUCGUCCGGUGAUCGACGAGACACUCGACGAGUCGGAGGCUCGACACGUACCACCGGCGCUCAGAUCGUACUGAGGCGUGUCAAGUAC